AUGUUUUCCAUUUCGAGGUCGGACAAAACGUUACGAAGUCUGCUGAUGGAGGCUGAAGAAGAGCAGUUGUUUGUUCCUAAUAACACCAAUAAUGAUCAAUCAUCAUCUUCAUCGCAGCAUGAAGGAAGAAAUCCAACCCGAAAAUAUGUAGAGUAUAAAACCAGAGCUCGCAAAAAUCUCAACCAUGACAACAGCAAUUCAUCAUCAUCAACCAAACGAAAUUGCGAAACAAAUUCAUCAUCGAUUAAAAUUGCACAAAAGCAUCGGCUGAGAAGCAAUACCAUGCUUCUUGCAUCAUCUCCAUACGGAAGCAACACGCUUCAACAAAAUUCAAACUCCGAUAUUCAGAAUUCUGCUGCGAGCAACACGAAUGAAAAUCUCAAUUUUGCAAGUGUCAGUACCAAUGAAGAUGGAAGAGGAUUUUCGAUCAAUGCAAUGUCUUCAGUUGUGAGCAGUAUCCAAAAGCCUCAAGAUCACAAAAAUGUUAAAAUACCACCAUCGUCAUCAUCAUUACAGCACCAACAGCAAGAAAUUCACUCUAUAGCCACAAGUGUUGUUUCUGGAAUGUCAAGAAGCAACAGCGUGUACAGUAACAACAGCAGCAAUACGUCAACAAUAGCUACAAAACAUGUAGAAAAACAAGAAUCGGUUCCGCAAAUUUCUAACGAAAUUGAGGAGGAAGAAGAUCAAAGUAAUACUAAUUUGAUUCAUCUCGAACGAAUGGCCAAUUUAGAAAAUUUAUUAUCGCUUCAAAAUGGACAGCCUCCUGAACGAUUUCAAAUGGGAAUAUUUGGUAGAAAUGCAGCAUUGAUGACAAUAUUAUUUGUGUUGCGCUUAAAAACAAAAUGGGCUGAAGUGUGGAACAGUUUCAAGUCUACAAAUUCUGUAAAAAUUGAUCCCACGAUGGAUAGCUUAAUAACUACAAGACCAGUUUUACUUCAUGAAGAAAACAAUUCAUUUCAUUUAAUCUCUGUGGAAUGGAUCGACAUGUCCAUAUCACAUAAUCAGAAUAGAAUGCCAGAUAUUGAAGGGCUUGUAUUUUUAAUAGAUAUUUCUGACUGGAUUGAAGCUGAUGAUCUUUUCUCUCCACAACUUGUAAAAUCUCUCGAAGAACAAUUUAAGAUUGCAUCGGAUGCUAUCAAUGGAAUUACCAAGGAACUGUUUAAAAAGCAAAAAGGGCUGCAACAAUCAUUCGAAGAGCCAGUCACUUUUUUGUGCUAUUUCAACGAGUCAUUGUAUCAUUUACGAGACAAGGAAUUGUCAAACACUGAGUCAGAAUCUUCACAAAAUGAUACCAUUGAAAAUAUGGUAACCAUGUCAGAAAACUAUUUUGAAACAGACCGUGAAGAAUCGGAAAUGUCUGCAUGUAUAAGAGACACUAUUGAACAUUUAAUUGAUGAACACAUAGCAAUACCACUAGAUAAUUAUCAAAUCUUCAUUCAGGAUACAGACCUUGAUACAGAAGCGGAAGAUGAUCUCUCCCUUCCCAGAAUGAUCGAGCAUACUUUCACAUUCUUGGCAACAAGAGCUCUUCACAACAAAGAGACAGCCAAAAAUAGAAAACAAAAGAAAUUCAUCAAUCUAUCGAGCUCUUUGCCCUCCCUAUUUGCGUCUAGUAGAGAAGAGGACGACAAACCUUCACGAUAUCUGUAG